GAUCCACAGUUCAUUAGUCGCUGCAGACGCUAAUAGUUCAGCAUCCGCACUGUCCAGUCCAAUCGUUAAUUCAAAAAUGAAGCUUUGGUUUUCGGUGAUACUGUUGUUGCUUGUUGCAAAAAUGGGAGCAUGUCAGUCUAUUCGAAGUGUCGAAAGUUCUCACGUGGUUCAAAUCGGCCAACGGCAGCCCAGCGGAGACAUGGCAAUUAUCUGCGGUGGUUCCUACUUGGGUGGGAAUAUGGUGGUGUUAGGAGCACACUGCGCCAACAAAAACGGACGACAACCCGAUGUUGCACGAUUCGGUACCACCGACAUAGCUAUCGCAAACAUCACCAUCCACUAUCGCUACAAACCACAAUUUGACUACCACAACAUGGCCAUUGCGGUGCUGGAACGGAACCCGCAACUCUAUUCCAGGGCCAUUAAACCGGCCUGUGUUCUGAAGGAACAUCCCAGGAUGAACACUCCGGUGCAGUUGAUAGGGCCCAUCGGGAAAAACCGGUUGGAACGGUUUGACCUGGUAGCUGUGGGUUCCGAUAAGUGCCACGAAUAUUACAAUCCCAUCCGGAAGCUGCGCUUCGGAGUGUUGUUGUGCUGUUUCUGUGCACGUAAUGCAAAGCUUGACCGAUGUACGGAUCUACACAGCUCUCCACUGCAAAUCAUCUACCGUGGAUCCGGCAAAGAGGUGCCCUACCUAGUGGGUCACAAGUCGAUCGGAAAAUCAUGCGGGACCAACGCGCCAGCAAUUUACACCCGCUACGGAUCGUACUUCGAGUGGCUGGAAACCGUCACCGGAAUGAAUCUCGACGAAGCAGAGUGUUUCGCACGCUACUGAGUGAUGGCCUACAGCUGCCGUGACAGCGCCGCGUGUUGUUAGUCAUUAGCACCAUUUGGAUGAAGUAAUACGAAUUGAUAUAAUGAAAUUGGGGAACACAUC